AUGAUGGUGGGCCGCCAGCACUUCGUUCAGAAUUUUUCCCCGAUGGAAAACCGGGGUUGUCCCAGCUUGAUGCUUUUAAAGUUUCGCAAGCCAAUGCGUGUUACCUGUUACAGCUUCGUAGCCACCGUAGUGCAGUGGUGCGCGCAGCAUUCCAAGAUCUUUGCAGUUGAAAACCCUCAUCGAUCCUUCUUCUGGCUCACCUCGUAUUGGCAGUCAGUUGCGCAUCUCGUAACCUACGUCAGGUUUGACCAUUGCGCGUAUGGUGGCCAGCGUCAGAAGACAACUGCAAUCGCUCACAAUUGCACCAGUGUUGAGUCUUUGGCGAAAUUUUGCCCUGGACAUAUUUGCGCGGAGCAGCAUCUUCCCUGGGGCCCAUCAGCAAGCGCUCCCAAUGGAUAUGCCACAUCCGAAGAGACUGCGUACCCCCCUAGGCUGGCUGCGGCAAUCGCCUUGGCAUUCUUGAGGGGCAUGGCUGCCAAAGGGUGGUCAGGCUCGCAGGUUUCCCUUGGCGCGAGUGAGGAGAAGCUGGCAGCAGCAGCAGAAAGAGCCAUUGCGGGCAUCCAGAGCAAAGCGUCCAGGUUCCCAGCCCCUGUGUCGGAGCAUGAGCGCGUCAUUGUUUUGCGGUCUCGUUUACCGCUUGCGUUGCCGUGUCAGCCCGGGGAGCGUAUUGAGCAACCGUUUGAUGUGCCUUUGCACGUGACAGCGCAACCCACGUGCCGUCAGGUUCCCGCCAAGAGCCAACUUCUGAGGUCGGUUCCAAUUACGGGAGCUGCUACCGUGUCUCUCAACAAGUCCAUGAGCUUAGAAAGCCUUGCGCGCAUGAGAACUGUGUGGAUGGCCAAGUGGGCCAAGCGGGCCGAAGAACUCAAGGGUGAAGUUCCUGCCGCAGGAAUUUUCGCGCCUACUUUCAAACCUGCAAAGUGCACCGCUGAGUCCCUCAAGUGCAACGCAGUGCAGCUCAGAGAGGACGUGCUCAAGAAG